AUGAAGAGAAAAUGGGAAGAAAGACUGAAGAAAGUGGAAGAACUCGCAUCUUACUAUGAAAGAAACCCUCUUCCUCCAGUUUAUAGACCAAAACUGUCCAAACCUUUUCUGCCAUCCUCUGUUUGGAAAAUAUUUUGUCGUCAGGCUGAAGCUUUCAAUUAUGUCAAAACCUGCAAAGAGGAUGUUCAUGUAUUUGCCUUGGAAAAGAACACACAAAGUGGACAGAGGUUUUACCUUGUGACAACAUAUAAAGAACUUUGGUUUUAUUACACCAAAGGCUAUAAAACAAGUCUUAUGCAUUGCUAUGAAGUAAUUCCUGAAAAAGAUGCUUGCAAACUUUAUUUUGAUUUAGAGUUCUACAAACCAGCAAAUCCUGGUGCAGAUGGCAAGACUAUGGUUGCAAAGUUAAUUGAGCUUGUCAGCCAAAAAUUAAAAGAACUUUAUGAUGUAAAUUGUUCAGCCGAAGAUGUCUUGAAUUUAGAUUCCAGUACUGAUGAAAAAUUCAGUCGACACUUGAUAUUUCUACCCCAAAAGACUGUAUUUAAGGAUAAUAUUCAUGUUGGUAACUUUGUGAGAACCAUUUUGCAGCCUGCCAUAAGGUUCAUGGAGAGUAAAGCUGCUGUUGUGAUUCCAGAAGAAGGAGCAGGACAUGUUUUCCAGUGUUCUGCAGAAGCAGUUGGAUUAGAUGGUUCUCUUACAAACCUCACAGAUGGCAAAGAUGCUUCCAAAGGCUCUGCAGCCAUUGCUUGCAAAACAAAGGAUAUGGAAACAUCACACAAGGGAGAAAACUUGGAAUUUUCCUUUCUAAUAGUAAAUGAUAAAGAAGGAGACAAGCAACUUUUUGUGGAUCUAGGAGUUUAUACAAAGAAUAGAAAUUUCCGGAUGUAUAAAUCAUCAAAAGCAGGAAAAAAUGUGAUUCUGAAGAUAGCAGAGGAUAAUAAGUUUGUCCCCAACUGUGAAGAGAAUGUUUCCUUGGAAGAAGCGUAUUUUCUUUCCUCUUUGAUCUGCAACGUUAGAGCGAGGGAUGACACAAAAGUUCUGUCAUCUGGAUUUUCAGAGGAGGAGAGAAAAAUGUCGGCUUUUUUAAACAGCAGAGCUAUCAGAAGCAGCAGAGAUUCCGUGGAAGGUUAUCAGGAUUCACCAUACCCAGAAAUUGAUUAUUUUGUUCGUUCUUUGGUUAACAAAGAUGGGGUGCAAGGAGGGAUACGACGGUGGAAUUAUUUCUCUCUGGAAGAAAUACUUGUAUAUGAUAUUUCUGGUUACCGUUGGUGUGAUAAUAUUGGAAGAGCUCACAAAAGUAACAAUAUAAUGAUUCUGGUAGAUCUAAAGAAGGAAGUCUGGUAUCAAAAGUGUCACGAUCCAGUCUGCAGAGAAAAAAACUUCAAAUCACAAAGUUUUCCAUUACCACCUCGGAUAUGUCUCCCUUUUCUUUUCAAAGAGGAAGAAGAGUAUACACUAACAGACGAAAGGAGAAACACGGAAGAAAAAGUAAAACCACAUUCUAAUGGAGCAGAUUUGUCCAAAAGCUCCGUAUUUCUAGAAAAAAGCUUGUCUCAAGACUUCCUCUUGUCAGACAGUGAGUGGGACAAUGCAAGUGAUGAUGCCAGUUUCCUAGAAGCAACUGAAGAUGUGGAACUAGCUGAAGCUGCAAAUAACAGCCUAAACUAUGCCAUGGAAGAAGUGCCUGAUGAAUUUCUUUUGGAAGCUUUACAGGAACAGGACACUUGCAAUAAAGCAGCUAACCACAGACUUGGCUAG